AUGACAUUAUCCAAUAUCGAUUCAUUGAAGAGGUAUCUUUUUGCCUUACCGGCAGAACAUGAUUUCUGUUUCAAUAAUGAUGUUAGGAAAUCAAUCAGAAGAGAAUUAUUCAUGGCAAUAUCUAAUAGAGGAAAGUAUUUACAUUGGCUUUUCCCUAACAUUUAUGAUGACAAAACUUCAGAAAAGGAUUUGAAUAACAAAUUCAAACAGUUAGAUGAAGAGUUUGAAUGGAAAUUUUCAAAUUACUAUAAACUAAAUCUGCAUGGGAGAGAUCCAAAGUAUAAUACUCAUAAUCAUCAUGCCUUCCAUUCAAGUCUGCCGUGUUCUCGUAUAUUCAGAAAAGGUGAACCAAUCUACAGAUGUUUGACUUGUGGAUAUGAUGAUACUUGUGCUCUUUGUUCACAUUGUUAUCAACCUGAGUUUCAUCAAGGUCAUAAAGUACAUAUAACUAUAUGUUUAAGAGAAAAUGGAGGAGUUUGUGAUUGUGGGGAUCCAGAAGCUUGGGUUAAUGAAUUUCAUUGUCCUUAUGCUUCCAAGGAUGGCGAUAGUACAGAAAUUCGAAAUUCUGAUUUGCCUGAAGAAUUAGUAGAGUCCUUUUCAGCUACCAUAGGGGUAUUGUUGGACUUUGUUAUUGAUAUCAUGUCUCGAUCUGAUUUACAGUAUUUGCCUCACGAAUCAAUGGAUCAAAGAUUCAUUGAAUAUUAUUCUAUGGCUUCAGGAUUGGAUUCCCUUGCCUAUGGGUAUCAAGAAAGUGAAGCUAUUGAAGAUAUCAAUAGUCCUGAUUAUUUCUUAAUGGUGUAUAACGAUCAAAUAAGACACUAUAGAGAUGCUAUACAAAGAAUACGAUUAGCUAGUAAAAGGGUUCAAGAUUUCGCCAUCAUGGUGACCGAUAGGGUUCAAUCCUAUGGUAAAGGUAGAGUUGUUAGUUCUAAAAACAUUGCUCAUUUGCAAGAACGUCAAAAGAUUUUAGCUGCUACAGGAUUGGCUACUUCUAUAAGAAGUCAUAGAGAUGUUUUCCGUGAAGAUAUGUGUGAUGAAAUUUUGGUAUGGAUUAAUUCCUUGACUGAAAGUGAAAUGUUCAAGACUUAUAAUCAAGCUAAGAAUCUUUUCUGUAUUGCGUUUUGUAGUAGAUGGAAAUCAGGAUUGAAAACUUCAGUUGGAGUUGAUGAAUUAUUGGUUUACAACACCGGGAGAUUGGAUAUACUAAAUCAGAUCCCCAAGAUUCCUGCUUUAAAGAAACAACAUGAAAAUAAGGAAUCCCAACAUUGGAAAUUUGAACCUUCAAUGUGGCCCUUACAGCAAGACAUUUGUGAAGAGUGUGAUUAUAAUUUGAAUGUUAAAGAUUAUGAAUUGAAUACUAAUCACCUUGGUUCAAGAUUACAAUAUUUGAUUUAUAUGGAUAUUAGGUUCUGGAGGUCUAUAAGAUCUUUAUUACAUGAUAUGUACUCCACAUCCCUUAUCACCAAUUUGAAGUACAAGAAGAUCAUAUCUUAUCAAUACGUGGAUAUUUAUCCGGUUGUUGCUGAUAUGUUCUUAACCAUGGAUAGAGAACCAGAAUUGAAUAUCAUGAGUACGCUAUCUACUCAAUUAUUUACAUGUCCUUCGAAUUCUACUUGUAUUGUUCAACAUGGUGAUUUGUCACGAGUAUUUGCUUCAAUUUAUGGAUUUUUGACUGUAGAACAGAUCAAAUCUCCUCAAGACUUGGAAGUUUGUCAUGAAGUUUCUCUUAGAAGUUUGAAAAAUCGGAGAUGGGGCCAAAUAUUUUUCGAUAUUGGAUAUAUUUUGAGUAGAAGUAGACAUCCAGCUAUCAUAUUAUCCCCCGAAGUUAUUGGUAUGGCUUGUGAUAUAUUGGCACUUUUCCAGGGAAGACCAGUUUUGAAAAGAGAAGGUGAAGCUCAUGUAGAAUACGAGAGUCCAGAUUAUACUGCAUUCUUUCAUGCCAUACUGGUAAUUUAUCAGUUUGGAGAGUUCCUUGCUCAAUGUCUCAAUAGAAUUCAAGAAAUGAAAGACGAUCAAAUUACAAAAAUUUCUAAUGAGGCUGUUUCUUAUGUUUAUGAAUUUCUUCUCAAACUCGAACAAGGACAAUACCCAGGUUUAGAAGAUGCCUCAGUUGAUGUAGACCUUCAUAAAUCCAAAGAAUUUAGUGUGGAUCCUGUAGAUGGAACAGCCAUUCAACUUUUUGAUAUAUCUAAAGAUAAGGUAAGUUUCCUUCACCCUAUUCAUUCCUUACUUUCUUGGUUGAUUGAAUUAUCCAGCUUUUCAUCGGUUUCGGACAUCAAGGGAAUUUUCGAACAAUCCAUGGUCGAUCAUGCCAAUCAGCUUCAACUAAAAACAUAUAUCCCACAAACUUUUAUCUUUGAAUAUUCCAUUAGAACUAUCGUUUUGAUGUCUCAGAUAAAAACUGGGUUUUGGGUUAGAAAUGGGUUUAGUGUCAAAUCUCAAUUACAAUUGUAUAAGAGCACAAGUUUGAGGGAAAGUGGAUACAUGAGGGACAUAUUUAUGACACAAAUCUUUGCCAUUAUGGCCUCACCGUCUCUAUUCUGUUAUACUGUUUUGAGUAGAUGGCUACUUUUAUAUGGCUAUGUCAUGCCUUCAAACAGUGAAACCCUCCAAGAAUUGGAAUUUGAUGGUAGAGUUUAUCCAAAAAGCACUCGUCAAAUUACCACGGAAGUACCUUACGAGAAGAAAAACAUCCCUGUUAUGGUUGAAGAAUGUAUUAACUUCUUCAUCCAUUUGUUAUGUGAGGAUAUCCAUCUUCGAAAGUUAUCCAACCAACAGAUCACCGAAAAUAGAAUCGAAAAUGAAAUCAUCCAUAACUUAUGUUUUGGUCAAAUGAGUUAUACCAAACUCUGUUCAACCAUACCUGACCAUAUAAUAGCUGAAAAAAGAUUUGAUAUUAUUUUAGAGGACUUGACCAUUUUCACACCACCAAACAAUGCUAAAGAUGUGGGUACUUAUAGAUUGAAAGAUGAGUUUUUCUCCAGAAUUAAUCCUUAUUAUUUCAAUUAUUCUACUAACACAAAAGAAGAUGCAGUGAAAUUGGUCAAGGAGAAAUUGUGUAGUCGAAAGAAAUUGAAACCAGAAGAGAUAGUCAUAAAACCUAAAUUAAGAGACCCCCAAGAACUUGGAAUUUUUAGAUUCAUUGGUAAUUUUUCAACGUCUCAAUAUUUCAUUGACUUCAUCAUUAGAACCCUUAUCCUGUUACUAGAAGAAGGGCCUGAUUGUAGAGACGAAUCAGUAUUGGAGACUUUGUUACAUUUGAUUCACGUCUGUUCAUUUGAAAACAAUUUGGAUAUCCAAAAGUAUGGAUCGUUUUACCAUAAGUUCAUCAGUAAAUCGGAGAUUUUCAAUGUUUCUAUGGCUGAAGUACUUUAUCAAGUUUUACUGAACGAACAUUUUAAAUCUCAUCAUUCAAAAACCAGAGCCAUAUUUGCAGUCUUUGGAUCAAAAUACGAUAUUAUUUCGUCCAUGUCAUUCAUCCCAAGCUUUCAAGAACAAAAUUUGAAAGAUUCAGGCAACCAAGAUUACAUGGAAAGUGAAACUGAUAGAAAAAGAAGAGUGGCUAAGGAAAAACAAGCAAAACUUAUGGCAAAGUUCAAAAAACAGCAAUCACUGUUUCUUAAGAAUAACAUGAUGAAUUCUGUUGAUAUGAGUGAUACAGAAAUGGAAGAUUCUGAAAAAACUGGAUGGAGGUUCCCUGAAAAUCAUUGUAUGUUAUGUCAAAAUACUUCUCAAAAUAAUGGACCUUUUGGAAUCAUUGCUCAUGUUUCUAAGUCCUCCGAAUUCAGGACGGUGCCUUUUGACAACAAAUACUGGUUUUUGAAAGCCUUCUCUGAUACAGCCAAUCUUGAUGUCGAUGAAUCAGAAAAGAACGAGAAUGUUUUUACUGAGAAGUGGAAGAACUAUAUCAAGAAGAUAGACGAAGAUAAUGUAAUUGGACCAGGUUUCAAACAAGCUGAACAUAUCGAUAAUAAAUUAGUAUCACAAAGUUGUGGUCAUGGAAUGCAUUUUCAAUGUUAUAUGGUAUUUUUGAACAGUAAUAAGAAUAAACUGAAUCAAAUUACUAGAAAUGCCCCGGAAAAUAUCGACCAUAAAGAAUUUUUAUGUCCUUUAUGUAAAGCUAUUGGGAAUAUGUUUGUACCUAUAAUGUCUACCCACAAUGACAGAGAUCUUGUUGAAUUAUUAACACCAGGAGAGAUCGAUAAAGGAGAUCUUUCGUCAUUCAAAUCAUUACUGAAAUUCGAAACCGAUAAACACCAAUGGUUUCAGGAAUUCACCAAUAGAUUCAAGAAUGAUUUGAUUCAAUGGGAAAGACUUACUCCUCAAGCUAAACAUUCGCUUCAAUCCACCGGUACUCUUUCUGGAGAUCAAGUACUCUUGAGAGAAGCUUUGGCUCAUAUUGAACAAUUGAUGAAGUUAUUUUCAUUCCCCAAUAUGUUCAAAAAAGAUGCAGCUGAAAUUAUAGCUAACACCAUCAAAGCAACGGAAAUCUCCUUAAGAGGAGAAACAUCGAAUGAAACCUUGGUGACUCAACAACUUUCUAACAAUGUGUUGAUCAAUUUAAGAUCACUCCAAGAAUAUAGAAUAACUUCCUUAUACUUGGGUAUUCAAGAAGGGGUUAACCCUUUCAUCGCUACCUUAGGAGGAAUCAGAUCAUUUUAUGAUGAUUCAUUGUUCUACAAAAAUGUGUUACAGAAAGAUUUCUUUGAAUUACUCACUUCAAUGUUCCCAGUACCAAGUGCUGGAUUCCUGUUCAAUUUGUUAUUGAAAGCUUGUUUCAUGGGACAAAUCAUUCAAAAUGUUCUAUUACUUGUUACACAAAUCAUCAACCAUGAUUUCUACCAAUGUGAAGAAUAUUCUAUUCUUGAUGUUCCAGCUAUAACUACUGUGGAUGAAGACAGAGCUAGCGCAGCUGUUUUAUUAUUCAAAAAAGUUAAGAGAAUCUUACAUCCUGACGAUGAUGAGGAUAUGAUAUCUAAUGAUCAGAAUUUUGGAUUUGUCUUUUAUUCCAUGUUGAUCAAAUCUUGUACUCCAUUUUUAAGAAGAGCUGCCAUAUUGGCCUUUGUUGCUAGUGCCGAGGACAAAAACAUUGAAUGGACCAAAUUCCACACAUUAUUUUUAGAAGCCGAUAGAUUGUGUUCACUUAUGAAUAUUGAAAACAUGUAUGAUUUCAUACUUAAAUUCAUUAGUGAGGACGCUAGUUUCGAAAGAGAAAGGUUUGAUAAAUUUUUCGAAUCUUACAAAGUGUCGGAAAAGUUCAUGGACAAUGAAGAUCUUAUUCAAAUGGAUUAUCCAGGAUUAAUCAAGUUAAUUGAUUUACCCGAGAGACUUGAUUAUUUCUUUACUAAGUUUUAUUACCUGGAUAAGUACAAUAAUCCUCAUAUGUCGAUUGAAGAUCCUGCAAUUUGUUUGUUCUGUGGUGAAGUAAUGGAUGCCCAAAAAUGUGCUCUAGGGAAGAAAUUUGGUGAAUGUACCACCCAUUAUUUAACUGAAUGUCUGAAUAAUGUUGGAAUUUUCUUACUCCCUAAAGAUAAGACCAUUCUUUUAUUACAUAAAAAUGGAGGUUCAUUCAUGGAAGCUCCUUAUUUAGAUCAACAUGGAGAAUUACCUGAUGAGAGUAAAAGAAGUAAAACCUUAUAUUUAAUGACCCCAAGGUAUAAUAAUCUUAUAAAACACAUUUGGCUUGAACAUAAUGUAUCAAACAUAAUAGUUAGAAAAUUAGAUAGUGUCAUAGAUGCCGGAGGUUGGGACACUUUAUGA